AGGUAAUCUAAGGGUUACGUUUGUCCAUACUCUGUUCUUGGGAUGUGGUUUUUAUUCAUCCCAUUAUUAUCCCGAAGUACUCAGCUAUUUAAUUGCAGUUCAUAUGUCAUCCCAACAUGAUACUACUAUUGUAGUUAUGGUGAAAUAAUAUUCCACAGUUCAGAGCGCGAAAUAUCACUCUUAGCUUAUUCGGUACUAGCAGAUUGCCUCAGUAUAAAUACAUGCUUUUGUAUUCUGUCUGUGUGGCCUACGAACGUAUUCUGUAGUAACAGUAGUACCAGUGUAAACUAUAAUUCUGCAACUAAGUAUAACUACUUAUUGAUAUAAACCUUUUAAUACCAUCUUUCUUUUUCAGGUCUUGCCUUUGCUUUCACUUUCAGUGAAUACAAAUUCUCUGAUGUCUUCGUGCGAAGACCUUUUUCAAAGUUUCUCUCGUAAACUUGAUAUUUCCAAUAUAUCUAGUGACCUAUUCUCUGACUCAUCUACCAAAUCACUUGGAGUAAAGUUAGAGAAACGGAAGGACAGACAAGACCGUGUGACUCAUAAAGUCGGUGAACUUAUUCCAGACUUUUCUUCGUAUGAAAAACAUGAACUAGUUGUGGAAUCGGAUCUUAGUAACCAUACAUCUAGUUUUCACUAUCAACUAGCGAAUUGUAAGAAAGAACGUAAUACCCCACCUGAGUAUCUCCCAAAUUUGGUUGUAAAAACCAAACCUUAUGAUAUUUGCAUUAGUUCAUCUACUGCAUUCUGUAGUACUCCUGGACCUUCAAACUCCCUUUCCACCUUGAAGUCGCAUAAAAAUGCUCAUGAUUUACCAGCACCUAAAAUUGUAUCAGGUGAUGCUUUAGUGAAUACUCUUCAGGUUACACCUAUUCAUCCAGUAUUCACAAAUCGAAAAUCUAAUGUGAAUUUUAAAAUGGGAAAUAGUUCACCACAAGUAAAUUGUCAACAAACUUUAACACCAUCCUAUCACUCUAUUUCUACAUAUAAUAAGAAGGAAUUAGUUACUCAUGGCAUAGAUCAAAUGCCUUUAAAUUCUUCACAUGUAUUACAAUGUUGUAAUUUGUCUACUGCAUCUACAAACCAACAGAUUGAACAUGAUCAAAUUUCAUUUCAUUCAUCAUUUUCUACAGUGAAUAAAGUGAAAGCUGGUAAGAAAUCUGGAUCAUACACAAAACGACUUACAAGACGUUUUCGUUGCGAAAAUAUGAUAUUGAAUCGUUCAUAUAUGACCUUAUAUGAAGCUGGAGAUAUUAAAGGGACAUUGUUUAAAAUUUGUGAACAAUCCGAUUACAAAACAUUUGGACAAUUAUUUAUCCAAACUCGUAGAAAAAAUCUGAGUAAAAUUGGUGAAGGAUGCUUUGGUGAAGUGUUUCGUUGUCCAGAUGAAUCUAAUCCAACUGAAUAUGUAGUCAUUAAAUUAAUUCCAAUUGAAGGUAAUAUUAAAUUCAAUGGAGAAUCACAAAAAUCUUUCAGUGAAGUACUUUCAGAGGUUAUUGUUUCUAAAGAACUAACUGCUCUUGGUAUGAGUCUUAAAAAUAAUACAUGUGGAUUUGUAGAAUUGAAAAAAGUUCAUCUUAUCCAAGGUUCAUUUCCUGCAUAUUUGAAAAAAGCAUGGGAUAAAUAUGAUAAAGACAAAAAAUCAGAAAACGAUAAUCCAAGUAUCUUUCCUAAAACUCAAUUAUGGGUUGCUUUAGAAUCAGCAUUUUGUGGAGUUACUCUAGAAAAUAAUGUUGUAAGUUAAUUAAGUUAUCCCGGUGUUGAUACUUUUUUGUUGUUGACUAUAAUUUGUUCAGUUUUAGUUGGUAUCUGUGGUUCCUGUACCGAUUGUCUUGAUAUAGUCAUUAUGACAAAAGUUUAUAUACCAUAGAUGAAAUGUGUGGUUGGCCGUGGGAUUCAGAACUUGAGUUUCAUCCUAUUUGGGACUUGCCUUUAACUGGAUGUGCAUACAUCUCAGGUUUGAUCUCCACUUUGGGACUCAAACCCAAUAGCUUUCGUUUGAAAUGCCAGGGCGUUCAAAUCUCGAAAUGUAUAUUGACCCUCCAAUUCAAGUAGAUCCAGCUAAAGACGAGUCCUAAACAGGACGAAAUGAGUGUCGUGGAUACUAAUGCUAGCCAUAUUCCGUCUAUUCUAUACUACUAGUAUUGUUAGUCGUUAAGCAAUGCAAUAAAAGCUUUAUCUUUUUCUCUAGUAUUGUUAUUAUUACUACCACUUUUUUGUAGUUAAGUAAAACUUGAUAUCGAAUAUAUUUUGGCUACAAUAGUCUUUCUAGUAAAUAAAUCAACUGAAAUAAUCCUCAGUUAUGAACCAAAUGAAGUGUACUUAAAUCAUCAACCCCAUCAAUGUGUCAUUCUUAUUGAGUGUUUACUGUAUGUAUACCUGGAUUAUUCAUCCCAAUGAUUCCCUGUAAGUAUUGUUAUAUCAUUUAAUUGCCAAGAAAUCACUUCUCUUACUACUCAAUUGACCUAGUGAACCAUGAUUUUGUUCUGUUCCCGAAGAGCUAAAUAAUCAUGUGGACUAUGUGACAGAAAUGAUGAAAAGGCAACUGAUGAAUCUUACAUGAAUGCCCCUAAAUGCCAUGGUAUGGCCGAG